CUUCUACUAGUCGCUGCAUUAGGGCGCCGCCCGCGCUGCCUCUAAUGCUGCCGUCCGACACGUCUUGUUUACGUUGAUGUUGGAACGGUUCCCCCCUCGCUCCAUUUUGGCGUUUCGGAAUAAACCUCCAACACUGACAUCAUUAAUGUAAGUAAAGCCUUUACUUUUGAACCCAUUUUAAGUGCUUUUACAGUGAUACCCUGCAUGCCUUUUUGUUUUCUUUGUUUUUCCUGUUGUUAUUUACAGAGAGGAUCGUACAAGGAGCGAGAGAGAGAGAGCAAGGAGAUGUUGACUCACUCCUCUGACUUACUCCCUCAGAUAGUUUGUCCAAUGGAUGAAGAUGCUAUUCCCUCAAACCCUUUCUGUAGUGCACCUCCCCACAGUGAACCUCCACCACCUCUCCUACCCCUUUCCUCCAACACUCCCAGCUGUGCAAAUGAUGAAAUAUCAGGACACAGGAGAAGUGGUCGUAUUCAAGGGGUCAGACUUCAAACACCUAAAAAACAGUGCCACAAGGACAUCAGAGCAGUUCAGAAACCAUCCAGACAGAAUCUGUUCCCCAUCAGGAGACAAAGAGACAGUAGAAGCAUGGUGCAAGUGUCGCAGUCCAAGCACCCUAAAGUUGUAUGUGGGGCACAAAACAAGGAUGGAUUGGAUUUUAAGGUUGCAACCGAGAACGAGAAUACGAAAAAAGACCAGAAAAGCACCUGGAAUGAGCCCGAUGUCUCUGCUGAAGGAAAUAUAGUUGAGCAAGUGGCUGACAAUACUACUGCUGAAUCGGACAUGGAUACAGGCAGGGAUUUGGCACUGGAACACGGUGAUGAAAGUGCAUCUUCCUUAAAAGGAUGGGUGAUAGGCCCAUUAUUUCGGAAUUUAAAGUCAAAGAUAAGCAGUUUCACAGAGAUUGUCUGGAGUCCUGUUAAACUCUUCAGACCCAACAGUCCUCCACUGUCAAUGGAGUAUUCAGAGGAACCCGCUGAAUGUCAGCUGCAGGACAAUAGACAAUCUGAUGUUGAGCUGAGCAAUAUAUUUCAGCCAGUAGGACAAAGUGAAGUUGAGAAUCAAGAGCCUGACGUGAAUCAGCAGAGGGUUAGUGACGAUGCAAAAAACAGAACCCGAUGUUUCUCAAAGAAAUUACAGUUUGACCUGGAUUUACCAACAAACAACUCUGAACAGAUCGAUGAAUGUACAGUAACUCGGACAGAAAAGAUUUCUCCUGAAUCUGUGCCUUCUGAAGACGGUCCCAAACCCUGCAUUUUCUCUAACAAUGUGUCACAAUGUGUUGGCUCUUCUUUACUAUUACAGCCCUCUGUCAUUUUGAGUAUCUCACAGGAGUCCGAUGUGAAGAUGUCCAGUGCAGGGGCGAAGCAAGGCAGGCUGGCUGUCAGGCUGAAACCACCGCCUAGAAAGGCUACAGGAAAUAGAUCAGAAACAAAAAAGGUUAUGUCUAAGCCUCACAUGAAGAAAGAAGAGUCUGACCCACAGAUCAGUGACGAGCAGCUUUCUCAAAGGAACUCAAACAAAUCCAACCCAAACCAUACAGCCAAAACUCAGCCAUUAUCUGCUUCAGCCUUUCACACUCACCUCGGCGCAGACAAUCUUCAGCCUGAUGAUGAAAAGAAAAUCAAGAAAAUUAAAAGUGACUGUAUAGUUGGACAAAUCCUAUGGAACAAUUCAAAUGACAGUCCUCCUGACAGAAGGACACUGACGUCCUCUUUGGACACGGAACAGCUAGAAAAUCAGACAAUUCCUGAGUCUUAUUCGGCUGCAAGUCUUGGAAGAUCAAAGAGGGGGAUUAAAGGGUCUUUGAAUUCUCAAGAGUCGGGGAGGAGGAAAAAACUUAGGAUAGAUGGAUGUAAAGAAGAUGUAGUAAACCUGCCUUCAGAUAGUGGCACGCUGAGAGGUCUAAGACCACAGAGAAGAGAUGUUGUGCUGACGGAUACAAUUGUAGACAGGGAAGAAACACUGAAACCUCUGAAAAAAAGACAUCACGUUACAACAAAAACUAAUAGAAAAGGAAAGUUAAGACAAGAAAUGCUUCCUACAGUAAAUGAAGCCGUGUUAAAUGCACUGACUGAAUGUUCCCCUGAUGCAGUGAUGCUUUGCUCUGUGGAUAAAAGCCGUGGUGCAUCAGAGAAUAGUCAAAAGGGCAGCGGCACAAAGACAAAGCCUUUUGGUUCAGGCAAGAGACUUAACACAAGGACAGGUUUUUGCAAACCUGAUGUAAACAUUGACAGUAUGGAUCUGGAAACCACCGUGGCAAUCACCUCUUCUGGACAAACCCAGCAGGAGCCUUUGUCAGAAGUUAUUGUUCAUCCUGGUGAAGAGCAGCUCCAGAGCACAAGCAAGAGCAGGGCUACAAACAAGAAACCACUGAAACGAAAAUCGCCUGUCCAAGUGAGUUUGAUGAAAGAAAUAGACAGCACUUUCUCUUCUAACUCAUUGGCAAAGUCAAUAGAAUUAACAUCGACUACGUUUGAUAAAUCCCCACCUGUUCAAAGAGAAGAGAACUUGAAAACGGAGCUCAACCAUUCGUCCAAGAGAUCCAAAAAGGGUUUCAAAGGAGCUGUUAAAUCUAAAGUGACAACACAAUGUACUGAUAAUAACUUAUAUUUAAUAACCAAAGAAUGCCAGUCUGAAGAAGGAAAAGGCAAAAAUUCAAUGGACCCUAUGUAUUUUGAUAUGACACCUUUUGAAAGUGAUCAGCAUCCUGCUCCUUUACCCUCCCAAUCUAAUUUAGAGUGUUGUGUACAGUUAAAUAAUGAAGUUAAACACUUAAUGGUUGAGAUGGUAAACAGCACUGCUCCCUUUAUUUUUGUGGCAGAUGAGCCAGUUCCUACUGACAUUGAAGCCAGUAAUAACAGCAGGUUGAGGUCCAGUGCAAGAAAAAGUAAUACUACUGCUAAGCCCAGGAAAGUGGAUAAACAAAGGAGAAGAUGUAGAGUGUUGCAUGGUAGGACACACAAAGGUGAAGAAAUUAGAGAGUCGAUCACUAUGGAGGAUGCAGAUCUGGCUCCUCACUCUUCAGAAAACCUUUCCAAUCGUCUGUUGCGCAGCUACUCAUGCCCAGAGAUCCCAUCCGUCCAUCCCCAGGACACACCCUGGAUUUCAUCUUUGGAUUCUCCACAUCACAACAGGACUCCCACGCCACAGCAGCACCAGUCCCUUCACACUCCUUUUGUCCCUCAUGCCCAAAAGUUCAUUCGGCGGGCUCGUCGUCACACGGUCUGCAGUGUGGAAGUAGAACGAGAGAUUGCUCCUCUGUGUCUUCGUAAGGAGGUGUAUCCAUUGAGAAGAUCUCUCCCACAUGAUGGCUUCACGCAGCAUUUGUCCCCUCAUGUCGCACUUUCUCCCAGCACUUCCCUGUCAGCUCUGGCGUUCUGUUUCCUUUCGAGCCCCCUGGCCUUUCUUUCGAAUGGAGUCGAUGGCAGAGGAGCUGCUGCCAGCCCCAGCACUUCCAAUCAUGUUUUUUCUCCCAUCUCCCCCUCAUCUUUGACAUCCUCGGUGAGCUCCUCCACAUGGCACCAUUCAGGAAUCCUCCCAAGUAGUGACUCUCAUUCUCCCUCGAAUUGUAGUUCAAGUGGAAAAAUUGUGGAGUGUGAGACUGAGAUGAGGCAAAGUGAGGAGGAGGAGGAUGCUGAAGACACAAGCUCAUCCAGCCCGGAGUAUGGAGACAUUGCAUUGAAAGAGGAAAAGGCUCUAUCUGACUCUGAAAUCAAGGUGGUGCAAAAGCAAGAGGAGCGAGGGAAGGUGUCGUCCAUUAGAAUUCGGAAAACUUUACCUAAAACUCAGAAUAACCUGACACCCAUGGGCCUGCCCAAAGCCAUCAGGCUGAAAAAGAAGGAGUUUAGUCUGGAAGAAAUCUACACCAAUAAGAAUUUCAGCAAACCUCCUGAAAGCCGGCUGGAGACCAUAUUCGAGGUGCCUCUCAAUCGUCGGAAUGGUUCAGAGUCCUGGUUCAGUCAGAGACGUGUCAAAAGAUUUCUGGAGUUCCUGGAGGUUGGGGAGGCCAGGAAACCAAAGAAGCCACUUGUUGGUGUCGGAAAGGCUGGUACCUCGUCUUCAAGGACGAGGCGAGGGGGCGUGACUAAAGACGUACCGCCCCUCAGCGCGCAGGACGUGGACUCGCUGCUGUGUGCCAAACUUGAUCAGCUGAGUUUGUGGUUGAUACGUGAUCAGAAAGACAGCUGACAGAUGCCUCUGAAAUGGUAAUGAUAUACCCCUCCAAAAAAAUUACUGCAGUGCUGUUUUCUAAUGUAUAUUUUACAUGAACAUUCAAUGUUAUUGAAGAAUGGAUCUUUUCAUUCAUAGGAUGUAGAGCUGCAAAGUUGAAGAAAAGUACAUCAUAGCUUCAACAAAUAUGUCCCAUUUCAGAAGUCGGUUGCAAACAUAAUGGUGCAUUUUAUUAUCAUUAAGGCACUCAGACUUCUGCUGUCCAUUUUCCCUGUGGGCCAGUUUCUAUUUGGGAAAGAUAAACAGUUGACGUCCAUAAAUUUAAACACUUACAGUACAGUAUGGUGUCUUAUUGUCAUUUUGUCAAAUCUCAGACUGCACGUCCUGUAGACCAUCGCAAAUCUGUUGCACUGAUGGUAGCCGGUGUAAUUUAAGAGGUUUAGUGAUGUUGUAUCGCCAUUGUUUAAGUUAUUAAUAAAGGCAGCUAAUGUUUUUUUCAUUCAAUGCCGAUAAUAUAACUUUAAAACAUGCCAGCAAGAGAUUUGUCUUUGCUGCAACUCUGUUUCUGUCCACAAACAGGGAUUGCUAAAUCAUUAUAUUGAGCCGAGGACUCACCCAUGUUCAAUCAGCCUGGUGUUUGUGUUAGUAAUUUUAUGAGAAGGGAGGUUUUUGAUCUUUAAAAUGUAACGUGGAAACAGUGCAGCACUCCUGAGAGCAUUUAUGAUCUAGAGAGUGGAAGCGUCCAGAUUCCACUGCUGGUUGUCUUUUUUUUAUUACCUGUGGUCUGUUUUCUCAUGUCUGUAUUUGUAUUGUGAAUGUAAUAUUUUGAUAAACUGUCUGUAUAUGUUUUUUCUCGCCAAAUUUAAUGGAAGUUGCCUUAACUGUAAGAUUUUUGUUUAAAUAGUAGUUAUGUAAAUGUGUUUGUAAUUGUUGCAACUCAGAGCACAAAUGUUUUUUUUCAUUUUUAUUACAAAAUUGUUUCAGUAGUGUUUGUAUAAAAGUACAACAUAUUGGUACAUUUGAUGUUAAUAAAGCUAAUAUGGUAACAGCGCAAUAAUGCCAAGAUAAUGCUGGCACGAUGAGAGCAGAAUCACAUAAUGUUCUGAGGAAGCACUGCCAGGAUCUCUGCCACACUUUAUCAUUCCCAGUGUCGACCCAAUCCUUCUCCGACACAUGUAUGUCUAUGUUCUAGAGAUUUGCAUUUCUCUAUUCACUUUUUUUUUAGAAUCUGCAAAUGUCUAAAACAAAGUGUGGAGGUGUAACGACAUUUAAGGUGCAAAAAUGUGGAGGCUUGGGUCAUUGCUGUGGAAUAAUCAUGGCAUGUAGUUUCUUGUCUCAGACUAUACAUUUUUCUAUUUACAUUAGAAGUUUGAAUUGUGCAUAUGUUUAUAAAAAAUAAAUAUUUCAGUGUGUAAGA